UGGAUUAGCUCCUCAGUUUUGAUUUGAUAAAAAGAAAGGCGAAAGUCAAAAGCGCGGGCGACCUUUCUCUGAUCUGAAGAUUAAAAGAUGCCUCGUUAUGAAGAUCGUCACGGAAGCACAAGACUCUAUGUUGGCCACUUGUCCUCCCGAACUCGGACUCGUGAUGUUGAACGUCUCUUUAGCAAAUAUGGAAGGUUUUCUUGGCUAUUUGCCUGACUUUGGAGGUUGUUAUGGUGAGAGAGAGAGAGAGAGAGGGUGGAUAGUCUUUGAUGCUGUUUAAUGGGGGCUUUUUGGCGCUUCUCUCUGUUUUUGUUUGUGUGUUGAUUUGGUGAAAACUGGCAACAAAAUCUCUGGUGUUUUGUUCCGACUGUGAUGGUGACUGAUGAAGUAGUCAAAAUAAUGAUGAUGCCUGGCCUUACACUGUUUCUGCCAAAACAAUUUCCGCAGAGUACGAGAUGUUGAUAUGAAGCGUGACUUUGCCUUUGUCGAUUUUAGCGACCCCCGAGAUGCUGAUGAUGCAAGGUACCGCUUAGACGGAAGGGACGUUGAUGGAAGCCGCAUCGUUGUUGAAUUUGCCAAAGGGACACCGCGUGGUUCUGGUUCUGGCUAUGGUUCUCGUGAGAUAUCUUCAAGCAGAGGAGGACCUCCUCCUCCAGGAAGUGGACGCUGCUUCAACUGUGGUCUUGAUGGACACUGGGCUAGAGAUUGCACUGCUGGUGACUGGAAGAACAAAUGUUAUCGAUGUGGCGAUAGAGGUCACAUUGAGAGGAACUGCAAGAACAGUCCCAAGAAGCUCAAGCGGGACCAAAGUUACUCCAGAUCACCAGUUAGGUCUCGGUCACCUCCUCGUCCUAGUAGAAGAAACCGCAGCAGAAGCAAAAGCCCAAGCUACAGUCGCUCAAGAUCCCCGGUUAGGACUGAAAAGGCUCGGACUCCUGAACCAGCUGCGAGGAGCAGGAGCCCUGAACCAACGGUUGUUAACUCUCCUCCACUCAAGGAUAUAAACCAUAGCCUAAGUCCUAACGAAAAGAGCCCAGUGCCUGAGAAGAACGGUCAAAGCCCUAAAGGUCAAGAGAACGGCAAUGGAACCAAUGGACAAGACCACAGUCCUAGAGACGAACCUAGUCCCUGAGACGUGUUCACAAUGAGUAAAGAAACUCUUCAAAACAAUUUUAUGAACUUGCAUUUCUUAUAAGACUUGUUAUGAAUUUAUUGUUGUUUUGUGUUUGGAGACUUCACGUUCUCUGACUUCCUCUGUUCUUUUCUCCUCUUAAAAAAAAUUAUUACAUUUCAUGUA